GUCCUGCACAACCCUAGUAACCGUCCUGACACACGGGGACUAUUUUGCUGUCCCUGGACGCCAAACCCGGUAGUUCUCACUACCUCCCUUAAUCAGGAAUAGCACAUCACGCUGCGGCAUCAAUGUUUUUCGGAGACGCUUUUCGGCUCGCAUGGCAUCAGUUCGAGGCUCGGCUGGACCGCUGCCACGUCGUCACCUGCCCCAUCUGCCAGCUGUCCCCGCGCAAGCUGAUAUGCGACGGGACGGCCGUCACCUACCAGAUCGUCCACUAUUGCGGCGUGGCGCUCACCACCCUGGCGCCGGUUGCCGCCAGCAGCAGCGAGGGUGUCGGCGGCAGCAGCCGCAGCAAUGGCAGUGGCGGCGGCGCCGGCGCCGUGAGCACACCCGCGCAGACGGCAGCUGGUGCCCGACGGAGGAGGGCCGUGCCGUGCUGAGUGACGUCACACGCUGCUGGGCAGCGGCAAGGGCGUGUAUGGUCGCGCGGUGGCUGGGUGGAUAGCAGCGCCCGACAUGGCCGCCUUUUCUAAUCACCUGCAUGCGGACUGCCGGGAGGUGACUACGGGCAUCUUGGGCGUGCUCCUCGCUGUCACGGCAAGUGGUGGCAGCGAGCCUGGAUCGCCCGCGCGCAUGGCCUUGGUCGGACUGGUAGACUGCCUGGGCAGCACGGCACCCGCGUGUGCGUACCUGCCCGCGGCGUGUCUGCAUGUCGCGGGCGUGUGGCUGGCGAUGCACCACCCUGAGCUGCGGCAGCUGCAGCAGGAGGAGAAGCAACAGGAGCAACAGCAGCCAUGGAACGACGGGGUAGCCCUCUGUUCACUUGCGGCGCUACUAAAGUCCCGUGCGCCGGUCCUAGCCGCUGCUUGUAAGCCAUUGCGUACUGCGCAAUCCGCCAGCCGCCGGGCACCCUGCUUCCAGUGGCCGCCUUUGUAGCGCGCCUGAGCUGCCUGUCGGAGAAGUGCAAGGGCUUUGGCGGCGGGCCGCAGCUUGCUUCGUGCGGAGCAGCAUCCGCCGACACGGACGAGUGCCUGCGCCUGGUGGCCUAUCCUGCGUCCACCAGCUGUACGCCACGGGCUUGUGGGGGUAAGAAUUGUACAUUGUGAUACACGUAGAUUAUGUGAAGCAGGAUGUGAAGGUACUUUACAGGGAUGUGAAGGUGUUGGGGGGGGGGGGGGUUGCUUGGUGAUUAUAUAAACGCAGAGCUCGUCUCUUAAAGCUUUGAAGCAGGAUAGGGCUAUUUCAGCCGUUUCCUGAGCACUAGCCUGGGCCCGGAAAGCUCAGAUUUUAGCUUAUUUCUGGGGGGCUUGCACCCCCAAAAGCCACGUCGAGUGUCUGCAAAGCUUGCACGUUGCUAUGCACACGGUUAACACGUCAUGGUACCUGUUAUUGACGAGUGUUGCGGAACUAAUGCGUACGUAGACCAGAGCGGAAGGCGGAGUGGGCUUGCAGGCGGCACGAGAGUAGGCAGUCAGUAGCGCAAGUUGCGAAUUCCCAUGUUACCUCGUAACCGACGGUAACCGCUGUGGACGGUCGCGCCCAUGGCUGGCUGACGGAAGCUGGCUGCUGUAUUGGGAUGGCUGGGCUGGACGACGCCGGCCGGGCUGGCGUUGGGGCUACCAGAAAGGAUGCGCCCGAAACCAACCUGGAGAACACCAGCGCCACCGGUGCCCAGCACGACAUGUAAGGGAGGGAGGGAGGGACAGGAGGCGUGAUGCACUGCAGCGUAUGUAGAAGCUAUGGCGCUAGGCGUGAGGCAAGCAACGUCAACCCCAAAGCAACCGCGAGGACAUGGUGCGCAAGCCGGGCUGCGGGCUGAAGUGAGACCAGCACGGGGACGACGGCGCUGGGCGCGAACAGGUUGGCCCUGGGCAUGCGCCGGCUCGCACCAUGGCCGCGACAGCGUGUAGCGCGCACGACCGUCAGGCACGCAGGGACAUACAGGCGUAUCAAAGUUUUCGCCGUAUGCACACGCCUGAGGGUGGUUGAGGAUCGAUUGUGUCGGUGGUUGACUGGUUGAGGAUCGAUUGUUACCCUUCCAACGCUGGUGUGGGGACCGAGAUGCUGGAUGUGUGUCCUAGCACGGCAGACACGGACUGUUAGCUGGUCUCAGAUAACGUUGAGUGUGCGAAAGCAUAGGCUGUAUCGAGAUGUAUUGAGGCUCAUCGAAAUGCGGAAGCGUCAGCUAGAAUGCUGUAACGGGGAGCGAGCCUGGCACGUAUUCCGCCGAAGCGUGUCAACCACCGACACGGUCCACACGACCCCUAGCCUUCAGGGAAUCAUUGAGGAGCGAGGAGGAGAGGGAAGACACAGGGUGACAGGGAUAGCCGGAAUCGAGACGGGAACGCAGAGGUUCAGGGCUCGAGACUGCAGGGGCCUGAAGCCUGCACCGAGAUAAGAGGGAGGGGCCUCACGCUGCCGGUAUCAGUCUUAGGCGCUCAGGAGGCACGGCGCGCUCGGCGCAGAGGGAAGAGACACGAGGGGACAGAGCAGGCUGUACUCGUGUGUUACAAGUGCCCAAUCAGGAGUAUCAGGGGGGCCUUGGGGCAGUGGUCCGUAUCGAGAGUCACAGAGGAGAGAUAGCGAGCCAGAGGCUUAGCACAGGUCUUGAUGCCCGAGUUGGUCUUA